UGUACUGAGUGAUGUUUCAGACAGAUUCAGACCAGUACAUUCUUUUGAAUUGUUAAUUAAAAGAAAAGGCUCAUAAGAGUCAUUCAUUUCACAAACUUUGUAUUAAAUCAAAUUAAAUUGAUUGAAAUCAAGUGUUUGUCAAUCUGAAUGUUCUCACAAUGUAGGAUGUUUAAAAAGCUCAAGCCUGAAUGAGAUUGAAGAGCUGAUUUUUUAUUAUAGAACACCAAUGAAACACUCUGUCCCAAAGGAGGACGUAUUUGGCAGUGAAACGAAUGAAGACAGCAUGUCAGUGUUCUGGGGAAAUUUUGAUUAUAGAGUUCCUGUAAGCCAGAGAUCCAUGAGCUCCACUUUUCAGACUCGUCAUCGGGUGUCUCAUGGCAGAGUUCUCAGAUUCUCCUCCGUUUCAUUUUCGGACUGUUCACUGCUGCUUUUCUGCUGUCAUUUUUAGUAUGAGCUCACUCUCUAUAUCUCAUUUCACAAGGCAAAAUUGUCUUCUCAUCGGCCUUCAAGCCACAAACCCAGGACAAGGGCCUUCUUCCAGGAAUGUUACGUCUUUUUUUUUUUUUUUUAUCUGGAAUGAUUUCUGAUUUAAAAGGAAUCUAUCAUUUGCUAAACCCCCUGUGGUGUUUUAUCAAGGCUGAAGGAAAUUGCUUUUUGGAAGUCCUUGUACCUUAAAUAUUUUUAGGCUCUUUUAAAAUAAAGGACUUGUGAAACUGUAGAUGUCAGGCAACCUGAUCCAGUGGUUUAAACUAGCACGCAAUGGAAGCACAGGUUAUUAUUAAUUUACUUUGUGCGGCUUGCAUUUGCGUUUGAAGGUGCCCAUCUUCUCCUGUCCUGCGAGCUGUCUUUCCUUCUCAAACACCAUGUAGAAAUGGAAAGGUAGUUGUUCUUUCCUUGUGUCUUACUCUUAUUGGAAAACUUUAUGAAUCUCCCAGUUAUGCAGUGUUUCCUAUGGGUUGUCUGACUGGCUGUCUGCAUCCGUGAGUUUGCCUCCGGUGCGUCACAAAACGUUUGCAAAUAUUUUCCGAACCUUUGGAGGGGGCUCUCGGGGCCGACCUGUUUGCUGGAGCCUGUGUUUUGUAAAGGAAUUUCCAGGCUUUUUCGCUCUCUGUGCCUGCAGUCAGGCUUUUUUGGACUUGAGGAACCAUAAACAGACUUCAGAAAGUUGCUCACGGACUGGACGUCACUGUUUUUUUACACUUUUCUUACAGCAAGAAGAAGAAACCUGCAUCAAUUCAACAUCAGUUUGAGUUCUAUAUUCAGAGGAGACGCUGGAAUUUUUCAGAAUCGUUUGACUGUUCAAGUGGGCAAAGAGCAGGAAAAAGACAGCAGCACUUCUCUAGACAGAUCACUGAACUUUCAGAGGUGUGGAAGGUGAGGCUCCGGGUGGUGAGGCGGGCCCCUCUCUAGAUAACAGUGGUGGUUACUUACGAGGGCCAGUGAGCCGCACUGCCAUCAUCAGUGGCGAGCACUUCGACGGCCCACCACUGUACGCUCACGAGGUACGGCAGCGCCCGCGGCGACCCAAACUCCAGCAUUCCCAGUCGAUCCUUCGCAAACAGGCAGAAGAGGAGGCCAUCAAACGCUCACGAUCACUGUCUGAGAGCUAUGAGCUCUCAACCGACCUCCAAGACAAACAGGUGGAGAUGCUGGAGCGCAAAUAUGGAGGGCGUUUUAUAACCCGACAUGCUGCGCGAACAAUCCAGACUGCCUUCCGCCAAUAUCAGAUGAACAAGAACUUUGAGCGCCUCAGGAGUUCUAUGUCGGAGAACCGCAUGUCCAGACGCAUAGUUUUGUCCAAUAUGAGAAUGCAGUUUUCAUUUGAAGGACCUGAAAAAGUCCACAGUUCGUAUUUUGAGGGGAAGCAGGUGUCUCUUACAGACGAUGGUUCUAAACUAGGAGCCUUGGUGCAAUCGGAGCGUGGGGAGAUGGUCCCCACCAACAUGAAGUCACCUGCAGUCCAGAGUGAUUUCACGGACGCCAUUACAGAGCUGGAGGACGUUUUCUCUCGACAGGUGAAAUCGUUGGCAGAGUCGAUAGAUGAUGCUCUGAACUGUCGCAGCCUACAUGGAGACGACGGACAGCCAGAGCCAACCAGAGGUCAUCCAGACAGGGAGCAAGAGGUUACCUACAAGAUCAAGCCUUCCCACAGUAGUGACCACCGUAAGCGGGAUGAGAUGACAGCCUCCUAUAGCGAUGUGACACUUUAUAUAGACGAGGAAGAGCUCUCCCCUCCUCUUCCUUUAUCACAAUCAGUUGACAGACCCUCUAGCACGGAGUCAGACCUCCGUCUACGUUCUUUGAACUCCUCGCAGGAUUACUGGUCUCUAGCACACAAGGACGAAAAGGCUGACACAGACACUAGUUGCCGAAGCACCCCGUCACUGGAGUGUCAAGAGCAGAGAUUGAGGAUAGACCAUCUUCCCCUGCUCACCAUCGAACCUCCCAGUGAUAGCUCAGUUGAGCUGAGCGACCGUUCUGACCGAAGCUCUCUCAAGAGGCAGAACGCUUACGAUCGGGGCAUCGCCAGCCAGCACGGCAGCCCGAAACACAUCCCCUCUCACGCGCUACCCCCACGGGGACCGGCAAGAGAUGACGAUGCUCCUCGGCAUCGGCCACGGCAGCUGGAGAGCCACCUGGCAAUCAACGGCACUGCCAACCGGCAAAGCAAAUCUGAGUCGGACUUUUCUGACGGUGAUAACGACAGCAUCAACAGCACUUCCAAUUCCAAUGAUACCAUCAACUGCAGUUCGGAGUCCUCAUCCAGGGAUAGUCUUCGAGAGCAGACUCUCAGCAAGCAGACAUAUCAUAAAGAGACCCGCAACAGUUGGGACUCGCCCGCGUUCAGCAACGAUAUCAUCCGCAAGAGGCACUAUCGUAUCGGCCUGAACCUUUUUAACAAGAAACCUGAAAAAGGCACCCAAUACCUGAUUGAGCGAGGAUUUGUCCCAGACACACCUGUGGGAGUUGCCCAUUUCCUGUUACAGAGAAAAGGGCUGAGUCGACAGAUGAUUGGCGAGUUCCUGGGCAACAGGCAGAAACAGUUCAACAGAGAUGUUCUUGACUGUGUGGUAGAUGAGAUGGAUUUCUCUGGAAUGGAGCUGGAUGAAGCCUUGAGAAAAUUCCAGGCACAUAUCCGGGUGCAAGGAGAGGCACAGAAGGUGGAGCGACUCAUUGAAGCCUUCAGUCAGCGCUACUGCAUCUGCAACCCGGGGGUGGUGCGUCAAUUUAGGAACCCCGAUACCAUCUUCAUCCUGGCGUUUGCCAUUAUACUCCUCAACACGGACAUGUACAGCCCAAACGUGAAGCCAGAGAGGAAGAUGAAACUGGAGGACUUUGUAAAGAACCUUCGCGGGGUGGACGACGGAGAGGAUAUCCCAAGAGAGAUGUUGGUAGGCAUCUACGAGCGAAUCCGGAAGCGGGAGCUUAAAACUAACGAAGACCACGUCUCCCAGGUGCAGAAGGUGGAGAAGCUCAUAGUUGGCAAGAAGCCGAUCGGGUCUCUGCACCAUGGCCUUGGAUGUGUGCUGUCUCUACCACAUCGCAGACUGGUAUGUUACUGCAGGCUGUUCGAAGUGCCAGACCCUAACAAACCUCAGAAGCUGGGUCUCCACCAGAGAGAGAUAUUCCUGUUCAAUGACCUUUUAGUGGUCACUAAGAUUUUCCAGAAGAAGAAGAAUUCGGUGACGUACAGCUUCAGGCAGUCCUUUUCUCUAUACGGGAUGCAGGUGCUACUGUUUGAAAACCAGUAUUACCCCAAUGGAGUGCGUCUCACUUCAGCUCUUCCAGGCGCAGACAUCAAGGUUCUCAUUAACUUCAACGCCCCCAACCCGCAAGACCGCAAGAAGUUCACCGAUGACCUGCGGGAGUCCAUCGCAGAGGUGCAGGAGAUGGAGAAGUACAGAAUAGAGUCUGAACUGGAGAAACAGAAAGGUGUUGUUCGUCCCAGCAUUUCCCAGAGCUCAGGGCUGAAGAAAGAGACAGGAAAUGGCAAUCUGAGUCGCACCAGUCUGGAUGACAGUUACGCCAUGGGUGAAGGCCUCAAGAGAAGUGCCCUCAGCAGCUCUUUACGGGACCUUUCAGAUGCAGGCAAGCGGGGGCGCCGCAGCAGUGCAGGAUCUCUAGACAGCAAUAUGGAAGGGUCCAUCAUUAGCAGUCCCCACAUACGGCGUCAGGCCACUUCCAGCCGCGACUGCCCCUCCCGCCAGCAGUCCAUCCCCAACUCCUCUUCUCUCCUGGGCUCCCUGUUCGGCACCAAGCGGGGAAAGUCACCCUCUUUGCCUCCCCAACCCUCCCAUCCCUCACACCCCUCCCACUCUUCCCACCCAACACUCAUCUCUCACACCCCACACCCUUCCAACCUGCACCACACAGCUCGUGACAGUGUCACAGUCACCGAGACCCAGGCCCAGAUGCACCCCCACCACGCUCAGUUUUGCCACAUGCAGAAUCCCCCUCCGUACCACCACCACCAUCACUACCACCCCCCAGCACACAUUCAACACCCGCCCCACCAAUACCACCCCCCUCCCGGCCCGUCAUCCUCUCACAGCCACUUGCACGGUCCCCACGGGCCACACCCCUCGCACCCCUCCCACUCCCAGCAUGCACCUCACCACCACAGCCAGCCUCCGGCCCCUCCUCCGGCAGCCAGCAGCACCAAACCCAAACACAGCGGCAUCAGCACUGUGGUUUGAGCCCCUCCACAAACUCUUUCCACUUGGGAAUGGGACCAUUUUUGGUGAGGUGACCAUUGGGCCUCUCUUUAGAUUGUAACGUGCAACGGAUUGUUGCUGCCUACCAGGACACGAACAAAAGGGCACCUUGUCACACGUUUCAACUCAUCCAGUACCCGUUUCCCCUGGAAAGGGGAGCCACACUGUGUAGCACCUGCCUUCUCAUUAGGCCGGCUAGAACUCAAAUCAUCAGUUCAUUCCAGUCAUUGCUCAAGCUGUAGAGCCCCAGAUAAAGCUGCUUCUUUUAGGCUCGAUUUUAGAGACUUUCAACCCUCUCGACUUUAGCGGUGAAGCAAGAGCAUGCGCAAAAGACCGUGGCUACUGUUUUCUUGUACUUAACUACCCAAAUGCAUUAUUAAAUAGCCUGCUUAUUAGUUUGCAGAAACGAAAGAACGGUUUGAGAGAAGGGUCUAUCGAAGUCACCGAAGUCACCAACGAGUGGGGUUCCAGUAUUUAAUGUAGCUGUAGACCACACAUUUCUGUGAUAUAGUUAGGGGACUAUAACGUGCCAAUUAUUAAGCAGUGACUGAGUUAUUCCAAAAAAAAGAAAAAAGAUUUGCUUUGUGUAUGUCGUGCAUAUAGUAUUUUGUAAAAUAAUAAUAAUAAUAUUACCAGCUAUUAUUAUUAUUGUUAUAAGA